AUGUUCCGCCAGGAGCAGCCGCUGGCCGAGGGCAGCUUUGCGCCCAUGGGCUCCCUGCAGCCGGACUCCGGCAACGCGAGCUGGAAUGGGACGGGGACCCCAGGGGGCGGCGCCCGGCCCACCCCUUACUCCCUGCAGGUGACGCUGACGCUGGUGUGCCUGGCUGGCCUGCUCAUGCUGCUCACGGUGUUUGGGAACGUGCUUGUCAUCAUCGCCGUGUUCACCAGCCGUGCGCUCAAGGCGCCCCAAAAUCUUUUCCUGGUGUCUCUGGCUUCGGCGGACAUCCUAGUGGCCACACUUGUCAUUCCUUUCUCGCUGGCCAACGAGGUCAUGGGCUACUGGUACUUUGGGAAGGCGUGGUGCGAGAUCUACCUGGCGCUCGACGUACUUUUCUGCACGUCGUCCAUCGUGCACCUGUGCGCCAUCAGCCUGGACCGCUACUGGUCCAUCACGCAGGCCAUCGAAUACAACCUGAAACGCACGCCGCGCCGCAUCAAGGCCAUCAUCUUCACGGUGUGGGUCAUCUCGGCCGUCAUCUCCUUCCCGCCGCUCAUCUCCAUCGAGAAGAAGAGCGGCGGAGACGGGCAGCAGUCGACCGAGCCGCGCUGCAAGAUCAACGACCAGAAGUGGUACGUCAUUUCGUCGUGCAUUGGCUCCUUCUUCGCGCCCUGUCUCAUCAUGAUCCUGGUCUACGUGCGUAUCUACCAGAUCGCCAAGCGCCGCACCCGCGUGCCGCCCAGCCGCCGGGGUCCCGACGCCGCCGCCGUGCCGCCGGGGGGCGCAGAGCGCAGGCCCAACGGCCUGGGCCCGGAGCGUGGCGCUCGUCCCGCUGGCCCCGAGGCAGAGCCGCUGCCCACCCAGCUCAACGGCGCCCCCGGGGAGCCCGCGCCGGCAGGGCCGCGCGACGCUGACGCGCUGGACCUGGAGGAGAGCUCGUCGUCCGAGCACGCCGAGCGACCCCCGGGACCCCGCAGAUCCGAGCGCGGCCCCCGGGCCAAGGGCAAGACUCGGGCGAGCCAGGUGAAGCCUGGGGACAGCCUGCCGCGGCGCGGGCCGGGGGCGACCGGGCCUGGGGCUUCAGGGUCCGGGCCCGGGGAGGAGCGCGGUGGGGGCGCCAAGGCGUCGCGCUGGCGCGGGCGGCAAAACCGCGAGAAGCGCUUCACGUUCGUGCUGGCCGUGGUGAUCGGCGUGUUCGUGGUGUGCUGGUUCCCCUUCUUCUUCACCUACACACUCACGGCCGUCGGCUGCCCCGUGCCGCGCACGCUCUUCAACUUCUUCUUCUGGUUCGGCUACUGCAACAGCUCGCUGAAUCCGGUCAUCUACACCAUCUUCAACCACGACUUCCGCCGCGCCUUCAAGAAGAUCCUCUGCCGGGGGGACAGAAAGAGGAUCGUGUGA